GUCUUUUUGUGUGAGUUAAAUUCUACAGUUUUAGUGUCAUUUCUCAUAAUGGUAUUCGUGUUCACAUUGAGUGACACUUUAAAUACAGAACCUUUCAGUCUUUCUCUUUGUUAGUCCAACUCUUCCCGUUUGUGAAAAAAUGAAGUGGCCAACACGGAAGUCCAGCACCAUGGUAAUGGAUGUGGUGUUCCUUUAUCUGAGUUUUUCCUUGGAGGUGUUCUGUGACCCUUCUCAUGGAGACAGAAUUGCUGAGCUUCCUGGCCAACCCUACGUAGGCUUUCAACAGUUCUCUGGGUAUGUCACAGUUGAUGACAAGAAACACAAGUCUCUCUUUUACUAUUUUGCUGAGUCAGAAACUGAUCCAGCUUCAAAGCCUCUUGUUUUGUGGCUCAAUGGAGGACCUGGUUGUUCUUCACUGGGAGUGGGAGCAUUCUCAGAAAAUGGACCUUUCAGACCAAACGGAGAAUUUCUGAUUAAAAAUUAUUAUAGUUGGAACAAAGAGGCAAACAUGCUGUAUUUGGAGACACCGGUUGGAGUGGGGUUCUCUUACGCUAAAGGUAGCUCCUCAUAUAUGACAGUGAAUGACGAGGCAACAGCCAGGGACAAUCUUCUAUUCCUGCUACGCUGGUUCAACAAGUUCCCCCAAUACAGGAGCAGAGAUUUGUUUCUAACGGGGGAAAGCUAUGCAGGUCAUUAUGUUCCUCAACUUGCGAAGCUCAUGAUUGAAAUGAACACAAGGAAAAAGAUAUUCAAUCUGAAAGGCAUUGCGUUGGGUAAUCCUGUUCUAGAAUAUGCCACUGACUUCAAUUCAAGAGCUGAGUUCUUCUGGUCUCAUGGACUGAUAUCAGAUUCAACCUACAACAUAUUCACUACAGUGUGCAAUUAUUCUAGGUACGUGAGUGAGUACUAUAGAGACUCAAUUUCGCCUCUUUGUUCAAAGGUCAUGGGCCAAGUGAGCAGAGAAACAAGUAAAUUUGUGGACAAAUAUGAUGUCACACUUGAUGUUUGCAUUUCCUCAGUGCUAUCACAAUCCAAUGUUAUUUCCCCUAAAACCCAAGAAGCAAGUGAGAGCAUAGAUGUGUGUGUGGAUGACAAGGUUACAAACUACUUAAACCGGAGAGAUGUACAAGAAUCACUUCAUGCAAAGCUCUUUGGAGUUCGCAAGUGGGAUGUUUGCAGCAACGUGCUGAACUAUGAUAUGCUCAACCUGGAAGUGCCUACACUACCUGUUGUUGGAUCACUCAUAAAAGCUGGAGUCAGGGUCUUAAUUUACAGUGGAGAUCAAGAUUCAGUAAUUCCACUGACUGGAAGCCGUACCUUAGUUCAGAAGUUGGCAAGUCAAUUAAGACUGAAUACAACAGUCCCUUACAGAGUAUGGUUCGAAGGUCAGCAGGUUGGUGGGUGGACUCAAGUUCAUGGCAAUAUCCUUUCAUUUGCGACUGUUAGAGGUGCCUCCCAUGAAGUUCCUUUCUCACAACCUCAAAGAUCACUUGUACUAUUCAAGUCAUUCUUGAAAGGUGUACCUUUACCUGAAGUCUUUUGACAACCCUUUAUGUUUUCAUAUGUAGUUUAGCUUGUAAGUAUAAGUAAGCAUCGUCCUUUAAUACCAUAUUAUUAGCAAAGAAAUGUACUAUUAUCUGUGCAGAAUGUGAAAAGAAAAGUCGGGAAAAGUUUUUUUUUUUUUUUUUCUUUUUUCUUUUUUCUUUUGGGUUUUCAACCUUUGCAUGUUCUUGAGCCGUCAACUGUAAUUGACCCUUGGAUUGAAGAGAUUCUGUAAAAAUGUUGUAAGAGAAUACUGUUAUAAUUUUCUAGGCAAACCAUGUGGACUA